AUGUUGUCACUUCUUGUCAUCUGCUUAGCAGUUGUCACUGGGCUCCGGUCUGUUGGUGCCCAGUCGACAGACGACAACACGGACGUCAAGAACGCUGUCCUCAAAGUCACUUGUCCUCAAGGUAGUGGUGGCUCUGUGGUGCUUCAACUUGACCCUGACUCUGCCUCCAAUUAUGCCCACUACGUGGGUCUGUUGAAAUUCCCCGCGACCAUGUUCUUUCUCAAUACAGAUACAACCAACAGCCCAGACGAAUGUACUCCUCCUGGAGCUAUGUUUGCAUUGCAAUUCCCCGGACCAGGGUCCCUUGAUAGUGGAACUUCAACCUACACUUUGACUGGUGUCAAGGUCCUCGAUGCCGGUUCAGCUAUGGUUGCAGCGAGUGAUGCCAUCAACAAUGCCUUGACCCCUGAUCCAAACGAAGAAGCCGAGAACUUGAUCGACGUCCUCAAUGGUGAUGGCAACUCAGGUCUGGGCGAUGCUUUUGCCAAUUCUAUCACUCCAACACCAGAGUUGAUUUCAGCUGCAAAUCUGCUCCAAAGCCUUACUACAGUGACGCCAGUGCCUGUGGUUGCGAAAGGCGGUGCCGCCGCUGAUGCUGAUACUCCUGCGUCUCGUAACAAAGUCCGAUCCAACGAACUUGCUACUCGGGAUGCGGCAAUCAUUAUCCUCAGCGGUGAGCUCGCUACCGAUGGCGAAAUUGCUGGGAGUGCAGCUGCCAUCCCAGUCGUCGGUGAAGUUGUGAUCGCCGUCAUCGGAGUUGUCGCUGUCCUUCAGACCAUCACCGCUAUUCUCCCUGACCCAAAGAACCUUCGGUCAUACAGUGAUGACAUCACCUACAAGACUACGCUGGUCACUCCAUGGAUCGUCGUCAACCCAGACCAACCUGAAACAGAUGAGGAUGAAAUUCCAAACAGCCAGUGCGAUAUCCAACCCCCUGCCGACGACAUACCUCCCGAAAAGGACCUGCCAUCCAAUGGUCCUUGCGACGUGUAUCUGAAGAACGUUCUCUGGAACCAACCCAAAGCUGACUGGAGCAAGGAAAUCGGCAAGGAAGUCGACUACAAUGCCGCAGACAGCAAGAUCAGCGGCACUGUCACCAUCAAGUGCAAGUCUACCGCACCUAAGAAAUGGAUGGCCGGCAAAUACUGGCACAGACUCUACCCAGUCACCACCGAUUCCGCAGACAGCGGCAGCGAGAGCAGCAGUUCCGAUUCUCAACCUGCGAUCAGCGACGCUGAAGUCCAAAUCCCUGAUUUGGGCGUUGCCCUCCCCCCAGAUUCCGAUGGCGAGAGUCAAUGCCUACCUUCUUCCGAAUGGCAAGCAAAGCCGUAUUUCACCGUCGACUUGGGCGGCCAGUACACCAUGCUUGGUGAUGCCUCUCUGGAGUUCAACUUUGCGAUCACCACCAAGGUGACCAGCGGCAAGUUCAACGCGUCCAGUGGGACUCCAGGGUUUUCACGGCAGGAAGAUGGUAAUGGAAUUGGCGGUAUUGAGAUCUACAGCAUCAAGGCCCAAGGUGACCAGUUAUCCGCUAAUGCCGGUCUGAAGAUCGCCGCUGGUAUCAAGUACCUACGGAAUAACGUCGAGGUUUGGGACAUGUCUACUACUCUCCAACCAGGCAUCUCGUUUUCGGGGGUUCAGGAAGUUGGAAGUGAUCAGAUCACUAUCUCAACUCGGUCGGUGGAUGCAACUUCAUCCACAACCGCAUCUUCAACAGCGUCGAUCAGCACGCCUACAACAUUCAGCACUAUCUUCACAACCUCAUCCAGCACCACCAGCGACGACAGCAGUGACGUGUCAACCGUGUCUGCCCCGGCAGCUGCAGCCAGCACCGCCGCCCAGACCAAUGACGACGACAACGUCUCGGCUACGGCCACGGCCACCCCCACUGCCACAUCUAGCGGCGUCGUUAAACGUGACGAUGACGAUAGCUCCGCGGCAACCACAACCUCCAGCUCAGUCGAUCCCUCCACGACAACUGUACUCUCAGACACUGAGUCCGCCUGUGUGACUCCCUUAGGAGUUAAGCUCAUGGUCUCAUGGCAGGCAGCCAUCAAGUUCAUGGGCAAACAGAUCUUCCUCCAGGACCUUAUCCCAGCAAGUCUGGCGAGCAAAUAUUUGAGUUUGAAGUUGGAUCCGGCUCAGCCUUGUUUCAAGUCGUCGAGUGAUUUCCCAUCAUAAGCGGAUGGGUGGGAUAUAGGGAGUUAUGAUGCAUUUUCUUGAUACCAUGGGUUGCAUGUCUAUAUUCUUGGGGCAUUAGGGCUCAGGGAACCCGCAUAUCGUGAGCGAUAGUGAGUAAGAGGGUCAGGUUCAAUAGACUUGUUGUUAUAGAUUGAGGAAGUUACUUUCUAUGCUC